GGCAACUUUAACAUCGAGCCAUGCUGUCAUUGACCGAUCAGACCCUGACUUUAAUCCCGCCUCACCCAUGGACAUUCUGGCAACAGUCUAACACAGCCACGAUCAAAGGGUUAAAAGGGUCCUGUUGCAACAGAUGAUGUUGUCGUAUGAUUUCUAUCUCCUAUAUAGAUCAAAUUUUGUGCAAGAUUCUAUCAUAGAUGCUAUAUCAAUAUCAACACUAUGUCUGAAAAAGACGAAAAAGAGCUCUGGUCCGAUGCUCUAGCUCCAGAGCCUCAAUAUGAAAAGGACUUUCGCGUCUGCAACAACAAAUUUGCAUUUUCACCCGGGCAACUCAAUAAACUAUUCAACCCAAAAUCCAUUGAUGCAUUUUACGCUCUUGGCGGGUUGAAAGGUCUCGAGUACGGCCUCCAAACAGACCUGAGCACGGGCCUUUCAAAUGAAGAAGCACUUCUCCCGCGAUCUAUAACACUCGACGAAGCCCGCCAAGUUGCCUUUGCAACCAAGGGGGCUCCUUCUCACUCACACAUCUCACACACUAAUUCGCACACACCACUGAAUCCUCAGAAACGAACAAAUACUACCCCUUUUGCCGACCGUAUUCGCAUCUUCGGCACAAACGCCCUUCCCGAUGCUCCGAAGAAGACAUUCGCCCGGCUGCUCUGGGACGCCUACAACGAUAAGAUUAUCAUCCUUCUGACAAUUGCGGCUGUUGUCUCGCUAUCACUAGGAAUCUACGAGGCCGCUGCGGGUCAGUCCCAGGUUGAUUGGAUAGAAGGCGUCGCAGUUUGUGUUGCAAUUGUCAUCGUUGUGUCUGUUACUGCUGGCAAUGACUGGCAAAAGCAGAGACAAUUUGCGAAGCUGAACAAGCGUAAACUCGACCGCGAAGUCCGUGUUACCCGCUCGGGCCACACAGUCCGCAUCCACAUCUCCACCCUAUUAGUCGGCGAUAUCGUGCACCUCGAACCCGGAGACUCCGCACCUGCUGACGGAGUCAUAAUAACAAACCACGAGAUAAAAUGCGACGAGUCAACGGCAACUGGCGAAUCAGACCAGGUCGAGAAGGUCAGCGGGUAUGCAGCAUGGAAUAAUCUAUUGGAAGGGAAAGGAGGAGAAGCCGACCCGUUCAUCAUAUCAGGGAGUAAGGUGCUUGAGGGACUGGGAACGUAUCUCGUCACCAGUGUCGGACCACACUCGACCUAUGGUCGCAUUAUGGUGAGCCUGGGGACGGAGACGGAUCCGACGCCUCUACAAGUCAAACUGGCAAGACUAGCAAGCUGGAUUGGAUGGUUUGGGCUAGGAUCUGCCUUGCUGUUGUUCUUUGUCCUCUUCAUUCGCUUUCUCGUCCAGUUGUCCGGUAGUAAUGACACGCCUGCGGAAAAGGGCCAGCAUUUUAUGGAUAUCCUGAUUGUUGCCGUUACAGUUAUUGUUGUUGCUAUCCCCGAAGGUCUCCCCCUAGCUGUGACCCUGGCGCUCGCCUUCGCAACCGGCCGAAUGUUGAAAGAGAACAACCUCGUCCGACUCCUCCGCGCCUGCGAAACGAUGGGCAACGCCACAGUGAUCUGCUCCGAUAAGACAGGGACACUAACACAGAACAAAAUGUCCGUUGUUGUCGGCUUUUUCAGUUCUCUCGAAUCUUUUGGUCGACUUCCAUCCGACACAUCCGCUGAAUCCUCGAGUGUCUCAAUUUCAGAGAUGAUGGGGCGAUUCUCGAGCGAGUUUCGGGAGCUGCUUCUGCACACCCUUGCGUUGAAUACAACGGCAUUCGAAGAGGAGCGUGAAGGGAAGAAGAAUUUUGUCGGGAACAAGACCGAGAUUGCCCUUCUGCAACUGGCAGCUCAGCAUCUGAAUAUGAACCUCUCGGACAUUCAAGACAGCAAUCACAUUGAGCAUGUCUAUCCCUUUGACUCCUCCCGCAAGGCGAUGGCAGUCGUAUACCGCACUGAAAGCGGCUAUCGGUUCCUGGUCAAGGGCGCACCGGAGCUCCUUCUCACUGCAUCGGCUCGGAUAACUCUUCCUGGACCUUCUGACGAGAAGGGAAUUGCGACUGCACCAAUCUCAGAAGAUGAGCGCAACCGUAUUUUGAAUCGGAUAGAUUUGUUCGCGCGAGCCUCGUUGCGCACUAUUGGAAUGGCCUACCGUGAUUUCCCCUCUUGGCCGCCUUCGUCCAAGACGGCACACCCGGGAUUCGCUGAGAUCUUUGAGAACAUGACAUGGAUCGGUGCGUUUGGUAUCCACGAUCCGCUUCGUCCAGAAGUGUCAGAGGCAAUUCAGAAGUGCCAUUCGGCCGGGGUGCAAGUCAAGAUGGUUACCGGGGACAACAUAAGCACUGCCCUCUCGAUCGCCGAAUCAUGCGGAAUAAAAACACCUGAUGGGCUUGCAAUGGAAGGCCCGGAGCUCCGACGCCUUAGUGAAGAGGAACUCGCACAUGUCAUACCUCGCUUGCAGGUUCUUGCACGAUCGUCGCCCAACGACAAGGAGCUCCUCGUGAAACAGCUCAAACGCCUCGGCGAGAUUGUUGCGGUGACUGGCGACGGGACAAACGACGGACCGGCACUCAAGGCUGCCGAUGUAGGGUUCUCGAUGGGAUUGAGUGGCACUGAGGUAGCCAGAGAGGCGAGCUCGAUUAUUCUGCUUGAUGAUAACUUCCGGUCCAUCGUUACGGCAAUCGCAUGGGGAAGGGCUGUUAAUGAUGCCGUUGCAAAGUUCUUGCAGUUCCAAAUCACCGUCAAUAUAACCGCGGUCCUCCUCACAGUCAUCACAGCGAUCUACAACAGCAACAACGAGAGUGUCUUCAAGGCAGUUCAGUUACUCUGGCUGAACUUGAUUAUGGAUACAUUCGCUGCUUUGGCCUUGGCAACUGAUCCCCCAACGCACGAUAUCCUAUCCCGCCCUCCAACACCCCGCCACGCUCCACUCUUCACGCCAACAAUGUGGAAAAUGAUCCUCGGCCAAUCCGUCUACAAACUCACCAUCUGUUUCGUUCUCUACUUCGCCGGCCACCGAAUUCUCAGCCUCGACCCAGACUCCGAACACGAAACCCUCGUCCGCGACACAAUCAUCUUUAACACCUUCGUCUGGAUGCAGAUCUUCAACGAGCUGAACUGUCGGCGCCUCGAUAAUAAGUUUAAUGUCCUCGAGGGCAUCCAUCGCAACCGCUGGUUUGUCGUCAUUAACGUGCUCAUGGUUGCAGGACAGAUCCUCAUUAUCUUCGUUGGUGGUGCCGCUUUUGGAGUUACGAGACUGGAGGCGUGGCAGUGGGGAGUCUGUUUGGGGUUCGCGGUUGUGUGUAUUCCAUGGGCGGCGGUGCUUAAGGUUAUGCCGGAUCGGUGGCUGGAGGUGUUUAUUGGGUGGUGUGGGAGAGGUAUGAGGAUUCUUAUUGUGCCUUUCUUGAAAGGAAUGAAGAAGUUCAAGGGUUGCUUUAGACGGAAAAAGGCGACGAGGAGUGGGAAGGGUAGAGUCCCAGACGAGGAGAGUUGUGUAUGAAUACAGGCGUUGUAUACUUUUUUUUAAUAUACUGUAAUAUAGAAACCACCUGCAUAUGCUUUUCUACCACCCAUGGGAAUGCUCUCCUUCCG